UUGUAUGUAUGUUAGUAUAGUCGUUAGUUUGAUUAAAGUUAUUAUUAAUAAAUAAAUACAAUAAUGAGUUCAUGUGACGCACCAAUUGUUGAAGUGAAACAGGGAAAAUUAAAAGGGAAAAUCGAAAAAACAUAUAAAGGUGGAUCGUUUUAUGCGUUUUAUGGUGUACCAUUUGCACAACCACCAAUUGGAAAUUUACGAUUUAAGGGUCCAAGGCCACCAUUACCAUGGAAUGGAAUUCGUGAUGCUCUAGUGGAAGGUAAUGCAUGUCGAUCACGUCAUAUGAUUACUAAUGAAUUUGUUGGUUCGGAAGAUUGUUUAUAUGUUAAUGUUUUCACGCAACAGCUACCACCAGUUCCUAAACUAAAACCGGUAUUAUUUUACAUUCAUGGAGGGGCUUUUAUCCAAGGAUCAAAUUCAAUUGAUUACUAUGGCGGUGAACGGUUUUUAACAGAAGAUGUUGUACUGGUAACAACAAAUUAUCGACUUGGUGCUGUAGGUGCUAUUGGUUUUAAAAAUCCCGAAUUAGAUGCACCUGGAAAUUGUGGACUGAAAGAUUGUAUAGCCUCAUUAAAAUGGGUUAAAGAAAAUAUUGAGAAAUUUGGUGGUGAUCCAACAAAUAUCACCAUUUUUGGUGAAAGUGCUGGUAGUGCUCUUUGCCAUUAUUUAAUAUUAGUCCCAGCUGCUAAAGGGCUGUUUAAUCGUGCCAUAUUACAAAGUGGUACAGUUACAUGCCCAUGGGCAUUUAAUCCAAAAUCACAACCAGAGAUAUUGGCGAAACUUUUAGGAUAUACAGGUGAUGCAAAUGAUGAAAAGAGUGUUUAUGAAUUUUUAUUAACAGUUCCAAUUGAGAAAAUAGCCGAAAAACAAGAAUUAAUGGAUUCUUCAAUAGAAGGCUACGAAGGAGGCAUGUUGGCAUGGGCACCAAUUAUAGAAGUAACAGGUUGCCCAUCCGAAACAACUGUAUUAACUCAACAUCCCUUAGAAAUUAUUAAAUCUGGCAAAUUUAAUCAUGUUCCAAUUGUAUUUGGCUUUAAUUCUGAAGAAGGUUUAUUAAUCUGCGGUAAAAUUGCUCCACCAGCUCUGGCUAGUAUUAUCUCUACUACAAACUAUGAAGAUUUCUGUACUGGUUUUGGAUUAAAACGCGGAUCACCAGAAUCUAUACAUCUUGGAAAUACGAUAAAACAGUUUUAUUAUGGUGAUAAAACUCCAAGCAAGGAAAAUUAUAAACCAUUUGUUGAUUAUUGCAGUGAUAUUUUGUUUGUUUUACAAACUAUAGUUGCCAUAAAAUUACACUCAGCUCUAUCAAAUCAACCAGUUUAUUUAUACCGAUUCGCAAUUGAUUUACCAUUUUGCAAAAUUAAGGAAAUGUUUGGUGUACCAUUUCCGGGUUGUUGUCAUGCGGAAGAAUUAUUUUAUUUAUUUAAUAGUGUUCAAUUGCCUGUACCAUUUGAUAGUGAAUCCGAGAAAAUAGUCGAUUCAAUGGUUAAAAUAUGGACAAAUUUUGCUAUUACUGGUGAUGUUAAUUUACCAAAACCAGAUUCUCUAUUGAAUUACAAUUGGCAACCAUGUAAACCAAAUCAAUUUAACUUUUUGAGUAUUGAUACAAAAAUUGAGACUAAAAAUGUUCUUCCAGAAACGGAACGUAUCGCAUUUUGGGAGAAUUUAUUAAAGCUUGUU